AAGCUCGCUUGAGAAGAAGACGCAGCAAGAUGGAGCGCGUGUACUCGGCCGUGUUUGGCGAGCCCAGCGCGCGGACGACGAUCCUGCGCAACCACUCGAGCUUCUUCGAGCUGCCAUCCUCCGAGCCGCUGACGCUGACGCCGGCCGUGCUCGAGAAGCACAACCACCUGCUCGAGCGCAAGGACGCCAAGGAGCGCGAGGCCAAGGCGCGGCUCGAGCGCCUCGAGUACGAAAAGUCCGAGGUUGCGCAGCUAAAGCGCGCGCUCAAGGCGGCGUUGCGUGCGUUUCUCUAUGCGUACGGCGCCAAAGCAGCAACCGCGCUCCUCCUCGCGUCGCGCAAGUGGGGCAUGAACACAGCGUCGUACGCCGACGCACUCCGGCUGCUCUCGAAAGCCGACUCGAUCCGGUUUGGGCUCUUUGUCGGCACGAUGGUCGGCUCGUACCGUGCCGCCGAGGUGGUUGUCAACCACGUACGCGGCGUGCACCACGACGACCGCAUCAACAAGGCGAUCGCAGGCGCUGUCUGCGGGCUGAGCCUCCUUGUCGACGCACCGUCGCGCCGUCCCGUCAUCUCGCUCUACAUCUUUAUCCGCAUGCUCGACAUUGUGCUCCGGCACGCCGAAGAGCCCAAGAAAUUUCUUCAAAACACGUGCCACGUACCUGUCAAGUACAUGACCGAGAUCCUCUUUGGCUUGUGCAACGCGCCGAUCGUCUAUGGCGCGCUCUUCCAGCCCGAGCUGCUGCCCAAGGGGUACUACCACUGGAUCCUGCAACUCGGCAACAUGACGCACGGCGGCGUCGACUACGCUAUCCGCCAGCGCUGGCGCAGCGAUACAAACGAUACCACCGGCGCGCUCAUCCCGUUCCGGCCGUGCCAGCCCCACUUUCAUUUAGAGUCGUGCCUCACGCACUCGGUCAAAGACUUGGUCUCGGGUGGCAUGGUUCGCGCGUCCAAGGUCUACCUACCCGUGCACGCGAUCCCGUUCGUGCUCUUCCGCUCCCAGAAGCUCCAGACCGCGCCGAUCGCGUCCGUCUUGCACGUGGCGUAUGCCACAUUGCGCUCGUCGGCGUUCCUCUCGUCGUACCAAAGCAUUGUCAAGCUCGCGAUUUGCAUUCCGCGCAAUAUCUGCCAUCGCGACUAUGGCGUCACAGGCCUCAUCGCCGGCAGUCUCUCGGGCCUCAGUCUCUUCUUUGAAGACCCCAAACGCCGGAUCGAGCUCAUGCUCUACUGCGCUGCCCGGGGUCUCGAGAUCAUCUGGACCGUCCUGAAGCACAAGCCACUCGUGCGCGCGCUGCGCAUCAAACACGCCGAGGUGCUCGUGUUUUGUCUCUCGAUGGCGUGCAUCAUGUCGAGUCCGUCGACGCACUUCAAGCCAACGUACUUGCACAUUGCGCGAUUUCUCUUUGGGCACUCGGUGCUGCGCUAAGGCGAUGAAUAAGACAACCUAAGAACGUACACUGAUGACGCAGUCGCCAAAGUGCAAUCUGGACGAUUCAAGUCCAAAAUAACAAAAAACUGCGGAC